GUUUCCUAGCUCUAUAAUAAGUAUCGGCCAAGGAUUGUGUAAUACGAAACGCAUGCGCAGUGACCAAAACUAAUGCAAAGUAUAAAUGUUUAAUUAACGGCAGCUCAGGCGGACUUGGAGUGGUUUUAUUACAACGAUAACACAAACCAGUGUAGAGUCGUUGCAUAGAUGCGUCGUUCGCGGUAUAGAUGUCGGAGCUCGCUUCUCCCCGUCGCCUGUGACUCGCGCUGAGAGCUGAAGACCGGUAUAAUCAGUAUAAGAGCUGGAAGCCUGUGAGUGAUGAUACAAACUGAUGCUUUCAAAGAGUUAUAGCAAGGAUGCAACUUUUAAUCGGCUAACUUCAGUUGUAUAGAAAUUGAAACAUCGGCGAUCCUGAAAGUACAAUCAGCAAACUUCAUGUGAAGGGAAGCACGGAGUAAUUUUACAUAAUAAACACAUUGGCAAAGUACUUCUAUCGUUAUAGCUAAUUAAACAGUUGAAUGACUGAUUCAUCAAAUGGACGUUAAUUUUGGUGACUGAGCACAGUGGUGAAGUGUACAAGAACUGUAGUGCAUGAAAGCAACAUUCCCCUAUAAUCAUUGAUUAGGCUGAACAACUAUUUUUAAAGCACUGAUUAAAAUAUGGUGAAGAUAUUUUUAAAGUACAAACUGAAGAAUGACUUUCAAACAAGCGUUUACUGGGAGUUGUGAGCAGCAUGGAUCUACGAUCAGUGGUCUGUGCCUUGAUGAUGUGGACAUUCUUAAAUGUAUCAGGUGACCAUGUCGAGUACAGUGACAUCACUUACAGGAAAGAUGGUGAUCUGAUCCUUGGCGGGUUAUUCCCUAUCCACGAAACGGGUCCUUCUGGGUUGAGGUGUAGUAAGCUCCGGGAGACAGAGACCUUGCAUCGCUUAGAAGCCAUGGCGUUCGCUAUCGAAGAGAUCAACAACCUCACAGACAUUCUGCCAGGUGUGACACUAGGAUUCGAGAUCAGAGACACGUGUUCCGAUGUUUCCAUGACGCAGAUAGGAGCUUUGAAGUUCCUUCCGUCGGACUUCACCCGCGGGGCUACCUGUCCGAUGUCGACCAACGCGAGCACGUUAUUGGAAGCCAGUCCGAUCAUAGGGGUGGUGGGUACAGAGAUGAGCAAGACGACAAUGUCUGCAGCCCAACUUCUUGGUUUGAACCAUGUACCUGUCGUGAGCUAUUAUGCAACAAGUGAUGACCUGUCUGAUACGAUCCAGUAUCCAUAUUUCUUGAGGGUAGUUCCACCUGACAGACUCCAGGUACAGGCGAUGCUGGAGCUUAUCCGGACUUAUGAAUGGUCCUACAUCUAUCUCCUGCACUCGGACGACAGCUAUGGGACAAACGCGUUCCAAGAAAUUGUUCGCGUUGCGGAUGAGAUUGGCGUUUGUCUUGCGGAAACUUGGGAGAUUGGAUCUCAAUUAACAGAAGAAGACUUUGAUAAUAUUAUUAUGAACAUGCAGAUGAGGUCUCAGGCAAAGGUCGUGAUCCUCUUCAUAAAUGUAGUAGAAGCCAACAGCUUUUUUGCUGCAUUAAGGAGAAGUGGGGCAGUCGGGGAUUAUCAGAUUUUGGGCAGCGAUGGAUGGGGAAUGAGUAUUGGGGAAAUUGAGACUUUAAACAGGCCGGCUGCUCUUGGGUCACUCAAGACUCAUCUCUUCUCGGCUCAUGUGCAGAAUUUUGAAGACCACUUCCUGGGACUGACACCCACAAAAUCCCAUGACAAUCCGUGGUUUCAAGAGUACUGGAACUCCAGUAGGAACUGUUCGUUCAUCAAGCACGGCGCAUCCUGUCUCUCAAGUACAGGCUUCAGUGCUGGAAGUGCUGUAUCCUUGGUUUUAGAUGCAGUCUCUACUUUGGCUCUAGGCCUUUCUGAAAUGCACAAGGACCUAUGUCAUGGUCAGUCUGGGAUCUGCCCAGCCAUGACGCCGUUUGAUAGUGCACUUCUCUUUGACUACAUGACUAACCUAUCCUUUGAGGGUCAGUCAGGAUUUGUGACCUUUGACAGUGGAGGGGAUGCGAUCGGUCGCUAUGUCAUUGACAACAUCCAAGUUGAAAAUAUCAACUAUGAGUUGGUGAAGGUCGGUCUCUGGAGUGCCAUCCAGGAAAACCUCUUGGUAAUGAACAACUCAAACGUGGUCUGGGGACCUGAAGAAUCCCGUCUAGUCGGAACUGCUCCUCUGUCGUACUGCAGUGAUCCCUGUGGGAAUGGUCAAAUUUAUAUCCCUCGAGAAAACGUCUGCUGCUGGUCAUGCUUGAACUGUUCUGAUGAUGAAAUCACGAUGAUGAAUCAGACAGCUUGUUUGAAAUGUAACCAACGAGCUGCUCCCGAUGACGACCAACUCAACUGCAUCCUUGUAGAAGCUAAAUACAUCCUGUGGAACGAUCCUUUGGCGAUUAUGUUGACAGUUUUAGCGAUUGGUGGACUUGUCCUGGUUUCAAUGGUGCUCUUCUUUUACAUUAGCAAUCGGAACAACUUGUUGAUCAAAGCCUCCAGCCGUGAACUGUGUAGUAUCAUUCUAGUUGGUAUUUAUCUCUCAUACAUUCUUGUCUUUUUCCUCGUUGCCAAACCGACUUUCGGCACCUGUCUCAUCUGUCGCAUGAUGCUUAUGCUCUCCUUCACCAUCAUCUACGCUCCAAUAUUGACGAGAGUCAACAGGAUAUACCGCAUCUUUGAUCGCGCACAAAGGUCUGUCCGGAGACCUGGAUGUAUCAGCCCGACGUCACAAGCAAUAAUCGCUGUCAUUCUCAUCGGUGUUCAGGUUCUGGUAAACACUGUGUGGAUGAUCCUCGUGCCUCCUGCAGCGGAGGAGGAGUUGGUUGCCCCACAACGAGUCGAGCUAGUGUGCAACUUUUCAAGCGAAGAAAUCAUCACCUCGCUCAGCUACAACGUUAUCUUGCUCACCCUGUGCAGCAGCUUCGCCUUCAUGACGCGUAAGGUUCCAAACAACUACAACGAAUCUCGCUUCAUCGCCCUCUGCGUCUACACCGUCCUCGUCAUCUGGAUCGGGUUCAUCUCUAGUUACUUCGCCAUCAACGACGCCAAACUCAAGGUCGUCGUCCUCUCCCUCGCCAUGAUCUGCAACGGCACCAUCACUCUCUGUUUCAUGUUCCUUUCGAAGCUCUACGCCAUCUAUUUCGAGAAGGAGGUCAUCAUCAACCCUACAACCUACAACGGAUCAGGCAGAGGGACUACGACCGGGGAAACCAGUGAAGGCAAUCAGGAUAUCGACGUUCGCGUUGAGGAAGGCGGCGGUGGUGAGAAAAAAAGCACUUCGAAGUUUCGGAAAGCUACAGUUCGGCCAUCGGGAGAGGACUUCCAAGCUAAGCAAUCGUACGGUGUGGCAGCCACCGAGAAAAAUACCCUAAAGGGACGUCAGUAUCCACCUCGAGAGAAAAAGUGUUCAACUAUAUCAGGAUCGGAGAGCAGUUGUAGCUGACUAUAGUAGGAUCUUCGCGGUGUAAAUGUUCAUUCAUUGGACACUUGCUUGAGAGGCCGAGGGUUCGAAUCCUUACACAUGGAUGGGAUGCCAUUGGAGCAAAUUAUCCGCAGUUGUCUCCCUCGCCACAUGUGCAGUGAAGGAUUGUCUGGUUGGAUUAUUCCAUAAAAUGCACUAUAGAAUGUCAGACUUAAAAAGUAUUCAAGUUCAGAAUGCAGCAGAAAAGAGACAAUGCUGCUCCUGUGAGACGCUGUACAAAAGAAUGGAAUAUUAUUAUCAUGAUUAUUCUAGUUAUUGUUAUU